AUGACUGAUGCCCCAGAGCCGUUAUGGGGCGAUAGCACAAAUGUUGCGACCGACAACGAGUCAACGGUUACAAACCAGGUGUCCGGCGACAGUGACACGGACUCCGUACUCGGUGAUUUGGAUGGACAGUCGAUAUAUACAUUGCCCAGCGAUAUACCCGUCGUCGAAGAGGAAGGUCGCAAAUACUACAAUCCCGACAAGUACCCACUGCCCAACGACGAGCAAGAGCAGGAGCGCCUCGACAUGCUUCACGAGCAACAUCUUGAACCCGGCGGGUAUUUCGAGGUCAAGGACAUCCUCCUUACGCCCAAGUGUGAUGAUAGGAGUCUCAAGGGUGACUCCCACCUGCUCACCUGGGCAAGACUUCUUGCCGAAGCUGCUGACAAGAUGGGCCGCCCUAUCAAUCUUGCCUCUUGGUAUCGAGAGAUGCUUGUUGAAGCGGGCUUUACGAAUGUCGAGGUUGUUAAACAGAAGUAG